UGGGAACCUAGAAAGCUUCAAGGGGAAUUCUGGUAAUUUAAAGUGAUUUUUAGAGUUGAGAGAAACAUCGAAUCGGCCGUGGAACAGACCACAUGACAAGUAACUGAACCAGUUGUCACUUAUUUCUUAUUACCUAUUAUUUGCAUAGAUCACCUCAACUUUCCAAUUUAUUUAUUCUGCUCUCAAACCUCCCCACUUCUUUUUUUUAUGUAUUCAUCUUGAUGUCUCAUUUUGUUGAAUAAAUAAAAAGAACAAAAAGUUAGAGCCCGGUUUGCCUGUAGAAAUCGAGAGAGAUCGUCAUUCCCGACGCGUUCCGUUUUAAAGAAGUUCCCCCAAAGUCUAGAGAUUAAGACGCGUUCUACGUUCUAAAAGGUGUGACGACGAUUAUUCGUAUUCCGUAUCGCAAACUCCGGUUUCGUUUUAAGAACGGACAUCUACAGAGCGCAUUCCACUCUAUCCAGGCAGCUCUUCUCUCCCCUCCAAUGCUACCACCAAGCGACCGAAAUCAAACAUGACGGGCAAUUCGAACCGGUUCUCCACGUAUACGACUACCUCGAUCGGUACCGGUUCGGAGGGAAAGAAGGAUGAUCAGAAAAGGGACAUGUGGAGCUAUAUGCUCGACAACGUCGCCAGUGGCAAGAGAUUACCUGAGAAGAACUUGCUAGUACUUGGUGGUUCCGUCGACUCACAGCGAGACUUUCUCGAAGCUCUGUCGAGCAAUGACGGGCGAAAGGGCUUGGAUCGGAACAACCACAAGACUCCGCCCAUAGCCAACAGUUUUGCUCUUGGAUAUACGUACUACAACGUCUUGGACGCAGACCAGGAGGACAUCUUAGCACGCAUAUCGCUCUACCUACUCACAAGCCCGGCGCCCUCCUUUACCUCACUCAUCAAACCCCUUUUGACCCCCCAGUCUAUCCCAAAUACCUUAAUAGUAAUAUUACUUGACUGGUCACAGCCCUGGCUAUGGAUGCGACAACUGCGAGAAUGGCUACUUCUACUGCGAACUGUUAUCAUGUCACUCAGCCUCGAAUGCAAGGAGACUAUGGAGGCGACCAUGAAUAGCUGGAGAGAUCGCGGCCGAACUGGUGGAUCUGUGAAUCUAGAUGGCACAGGCGCCGUUCCUGCCGAAGGAGAUGUUGCGCUGCCGCUUGGCCCGGGAGAGUGGGAGGACGCACUAGGCUUACCACUCUCCGUCGUUUGUCAGAAUUCUGAGAGGAUUGACUACUUGGAAAAGAGCCAGGGGUGGAAAGAAGAGAAGUUCGAUCUCGUACUUCAGUAUCUACGGACGGUCUUAUUACGGCACGGAGCUUCUCUGAUUUACACAACGCCUUCCAUGACAUCCCCUCUACAAAGUCUCAUCCACGCUAGUCUUGGAAUUCACUCAUUGCUGAAGCGCGCCCCCUUGAAAGCCAACGUCAUCGACCGAGACAAGAUCGUAGUACCUCCGAACUGGGACUCUUGGGGAAAGGUCAGGGUGCUACGGGAUGGUUUCGACGUCGAGAGGAUUAGUGAAGGUUGGGCGAUAGAUCUUGAUCAGCCCUUUCCCACUUCCAAGAGCGAUGGGGUUCAUCAAAUCAAUGGCGAAACGAACAAUACGGAAGAAGAGGAAGGAUCGUCAGUUAUGCUAUAUGAGGAGCAAGUUCAGGACACGAGUCUAGAUGCCUUGCAACUAGCCCAAGCGAAACAAGACACGAGCAGGCUGGAAGUUGCAUCUGUCGAUACGCAAGCAUUCCUCAUAAACCAAUUAGAACGGCUCGAACAACAGAAGAAGGUUGACGAGAAGGUCGGUAAGGAUAGCACCUUCGCACAAGGCCAACCAGACGAUAUGAUUAGCGACCACAUUGGCCCAGUACAAUUUAACAUGGGAGGUAUCCAAGUAGAUGCUGAUGAUAUGGUGCAGCGGCUUAAGGACCGCCAAGCCUAUGGACAGUCUGACGAGCCUCUCCUAGAUGAUGAGUCUCACCUGGAAGAGGGAACAGCGCCAGUGGACACAGAUACACUAGCCAAAUUCUUCGGCAACCUGAUGAAUAGAAAACCCACAGCUGGAGGUAGCGUAACCAAGACAUGAUAGGAGUGUCUAUGGUAUGCUGGAAACAUGAUCCGAACAGCCACCGGUACGCUCCAACUACCGAUUCCACAUAUAAUAUGCGGAUCAGAUAA